AUGGCUUCCAUGGAAAACACGAGCAGGAGCAAGCUUCCACACUUCGUCAUGGCUACUUUUGCAAAAUUACCAAAACAACGUUCAGAGCUGGACUUGGAUGGAGCCAUCGGCCCCGUGAGAAGUCAGUCUUGGAUAGAAUCGUUGCCGCCUGAAGCAGCCAUGAAGACUGAAGUGAUGCGAGAGUUGCUGCGCUACUUCCGCCUUAAAGAAUACCCCAAAGGAGCUGUCAUAGAGUCGGUUGAUUUUCCGAUCGACAACUUUUACGUCAUCCUUGACGGAAUCCUCGUUCUACAAGAUGAAAGAGGAAACGAAGUAGCAUCCCGAUUAUAUGCAGGGGACUGUGUUGGAAACGAGUUCUUGAAGUCAAGCAUCUGGAACAAAGACUUGAAAGUAGAGAGGUAUGAUUGUUUUGGUGAAGAGCUGAAUCUGAGAGCCUAG